CUGAGACGCAGUAUGCAAAAACCAAAAAAAAAAAACCAGUCUAUCAGUCAAUAUAUAUCGAUGCUAUGAGCGUUCAUGUCAGCCAAUAAUGGUUUCUCGGUGUUUCAUCUCUGGCAUUUUGAGAUCUCACCAGAGCGGCAAAUGUCAGGGCUUAGGGUAAAGGGUUCUUAGCCGCGCACCAACACAUACAACAGAUAAGACAGGAGGAUACGCAAUUCUCAAAGCGGCGUCAAACGCCCAGAUGAUACUUGAUAUGGUGCAGCUAGAACCAACCAGCAAGCUCCGAUCGCCUGCUGCGCCACAAUCGAGAAGCGCCUGGCUCGACGUCAUUGGUUUUCCAUGUCAAGUGGUGUGAGACGGUGGCCACCAGUGUCCUGGCGCUUGGAAAGGUUGGCCUGCGGACCGGAAGUUUAUAAAUCACUCAUCAUCGGUCCCUUAGUUGCUGCGUUGCUGCUUCAAUCGUACCAGGGCAUAUUUGAAGCUUGGGUGUACUCAACACGACUUUCUAUCAUAUACCCCCACUACCCCGCUAUCGAGUAUUCGCUUCAAAACAAACCGCAAUGUCGAACUCCGAACCCAAGCUGCUGUAUGCCGUCAAUGGCAUAAAAGCAUACCAUAUCCAGAAUGGAGUUGAGGAAUCCCUCACUCCUUCUGGUCCUCAGACCCUUUCUCUGUUGAUGGUGCCAACCGCCUCUGAUUUCUCCGGAAUCGAGAAUACCGGCCCAGCCACUGCUCCUCAGGAAGACUUCUACCUUCACCUUCACCUCCCACCCGAGCUCGAUCUCCCUCUCCCAGCCACCACCCAAAUAUACCACCAGCCGCCGAAGAGCUAUCUCAUUCCACGCUGGGACCUAGGCCCUGAUAGCGGUGCCUUCACCCGCAUCGAGUUCCCGGCACCUGGCAGCGCCAAGGGCCUACAGGAAGAUAUCGAUACCUUCGAGACUAUACUCGCGCAAUGCACUGCCUUCCUCGAGCGAGCCCCUGCUCCAGCAAAGGGCCUCGCUGGCGCUAGCAAGGGCAAGGGCGAAGCUCUGCCAGCGUACAACCCCCAAGAGUUCAAACCAGGAGAGGGAUACGUUCAGGGCAGUUCCAGCUCUCACCAUGGCGGACAAAUUGUCUUGAUUGACGAGGAGAACGGAAGUGUCGUGGGUGAGCUAGGCGAGGGAUUUACUGUUGUCGAGGACAGCAAGAUGCAAGCGGGCUCUAAGAACCCCGUCAUCCUCUCCCUCCCCGAAGACGGCUCCAGCAACAUCAACGUCUCCCCCGCCUCCCAAGAAUACCUCGAGAUGGCCAUGCACCCCGCCUACAAAGGCUCGCGCCUCGUCUCCCGCGCCGCCGAAGCGUCGCGCCUCAUCGUCACAACCUCCUCCUACGUCACUCAGACCCUCCAAUCCGGCGCCGACAGCUUCAUCAAAAGCACGAAACCCAACACCACCCCCAUGACCUUCACCCCCACCACCCACGCCCGCGUCCGCAAGAUCAACACCUUCACCGACUCUGCGGCUGGGCUCUCCUCCAAGACCGUUGGACAGGUUAGCAAGUUCGCGCAGAACAUCGGCGCGGGGAUGAUGAAUAAGGGUCAGAGGGCGCAUAAGGGUGUUGGGGCGGAUGGGAAGGUGGAUACGGGGUAUAAGCCGGGAUUCCUAAAUAAGAGUCUCAUGGCCUUCAGUACUAUUGCUGAUGGCAUUGAUCAAGCUGGUCGCGGGCUGCUGACUGGGACGAGCACGGCGGCUUCGACGGUCGUGGGGCAUAGGUAUGGCCCUGAGGCUGGGGAGUUGAGUAAGCACCUGGGGAGUGGGAUGAAGAAUGUGGGGCUGGUGUAUAUUGACGCCACGGGCGUGUCGAGGCGCGCGAUCAUCAAGAGCGUGGCGAAGGGGAUGGUUGUUGGGAAGGUUAGGGGAGGUGGGGAUCUAGUGGUUGGAGGGGAUGUGGGGGAUCUUACGGAUGAUAAGGUGCAAAAGGUUCCGCUGAAGAAUUGGAAGGAGGCGGAAGCGGCCCAGGGGAGAUAUGUGGAGGGGAAGGAUUAUAAGAUGGCGGGUGGACAGGACUCACCGGAUCUUAUUGACUUUGGAGACUCGGCCCCACCGGCUUGUGGUGGUGGGCCCGCGGCGGCUGUUGAGGGGAAGAAGACACCUGUUGAGAAGAAGAGGUGAGCUUGAGAGGGUGAAAGGUUGGGAUAUAGGAUAGGGAUAGUGUUCAAUGACAUUUACGGCAUUUAGUGGCUUUGAUCAGCUGGGAAU